UCCAGCAGCCUCUUUUCAGUCCUCCCUGUCCUCUCCCUCUGACCCUCUGUCUCUCUGUCCCACUGUCCCACUGUCCCACUGUCCCUCCACUGUCCCUGUACCAUGGGGCCUGCCUCAGGUCCCAGCCUGCUGCUGCUGCCGCUGCUCCUGAGCAGUCUCCCCCUGGCCCUGGGAGACCCCAUGUUCUCCAUAAUCACCCCCAACAUCCUGCGGCUGGAGAAUGAGGAGACGUUGGUGCUGGAGGCCCAUGGUGGGACAGGUAACAUUCCUGUCAAGGUUACGGUACAUGACUUCCCAGCCAAGAAGCAGGUGCUGUCCAGCAAGGACACCAUUCUGAGCAGCGCCAAUGGCUACCUGAGCACCGUCACCAUCAAGAUCCCGGCCAGCAAGGAGUUAAAAUCACAGAAGGGGAACAAGUUUGUGAGUGUCCAGGCAGUCUUUGGGAAUGCCCCACCACUGGAGAAGGUGGUGCUAGUCAGCUUUCAGAGCGGGUAUCUCUUCAUCCAGACGGACAAGACCAUCUACACCCCAGGCUCCACAGUCCUCUAUCGGAUCUUCACUGUGGACAAUGAGCUGCUGCCCGUGGGCCGGACGGUUAUCGUCAGCAUUGAGGUACCAGGCAGCCGGGCCCCCAAUCUCACUUGGGGCAGAGACUCAAGGAGAGACUAAGAGAGAGUUUGAGAG